UCUACAUAAAUAUGCGCACACAGCUCUGCGCGGCGGCAAACAAAAAUGUCAAAUUUUUAGAACUUUCAAAACAAUUAAUUAAAGAUGAAUUCUAGACCGUCAAGUCGUGGAGGUGGCGAUUCAGGGACAGCGCAACUUCUUCUUCGGAAACUAUGUUGUAAAGUAACAGGCUUGUCAGAGGGUGAUGUGCAACCAUAUUUGCAGCGAGCCUAUACAGUGUUAGGGAGUAACUGCAGUACACCAGCUGAAAGUGAUGAAUUCCAAGUCUCGGAAAGAAUAAGACGAAGAUUGGUACGUCGAGGCAGAGAGAAAGAUGCGAUCACAUUUACAGAGCUACACAGGAAGUUACAAUCUCAGGUUAGAACUACAUUCAAUUAUAAAAUCCCACAUUCUGUUUUCAGUUAUGUUCCAUUUAUUCAUUCAUUCAUGUUAAAUGUGUUUUAUUUUACAAGUACAACAUUUGAGGCAGUAAAUGGUGAAAGAGCACACAGACAUGGACCAGUAUCCCGAUUAGUGGGGGCUAUAUCCAGAAAUGAUCCAGGGUCAGAUACAGCCCUGGUGCCAAGAAGUGGGCGUGGUCAUUCUGCUGGGGUUAUCAAGGUACAGGGAGAAAAUACUAGUUUUGAAAUACCAGAAUCUGAGCUUGUGAAAGAUUUGGUGUAUGUUUUCCAAGGUAUAGAAGGAAAAUGGAUCAAGUUUGAUGCUUCAAAAGAUGCAUACAAAGUUGAUGGCCAGGCUGGGAUACCGAAAGCAAUACGACAGCUUGUUAGUAAGCUGGCAGAAUGUGGCUGGUUAUUUAACAAAGUGAAGAAUUAUGUGGAAACAAGAAGUGCAGAUAAAACUUUUGGACUUGUUGGACAGAGUUUUUGUGCUGCAUUACAACAAGAGUUGACAGAAUAUUACAGACUCAUAGCUGUAUUAGAAUCUCAGUUACAAGAGGAGCUAGAUCAGGGUAUUGGAAUGAGUAAUGCUGGAGUGACAUUAAGAAGACUUGUUGUGUGGACCUUUGAUCCUUUAAUACGACUGAAAAGUCUUGCUGCCAUGGUAGAUGUCUGUAAAGGGAAGAAGGGAGGCGCACUAGCAUCAGCAAUAUAUUCCUACAUGCAGCAUGGAGACCCCUUUGUUAAAUCACUUAUCAAGCAUAUACUCACCAUGGUGUCACAACCUAUUUAUGCUACACUGUUACGAUGGAUACAUGAUGGGGAGUUGGAGGACACUCAUGAUGAGUUUUUUGUUGCGGCGGAUCCUACAGUGAAGAAUGACAAGUUAUGGCAUGAUAAAUACAGCUUGAGAAAAUCUAUGAUACCUACAUUUAUUACAACAGAUCAAGCUAGAAGGAUAUUACUGACAGGAAAGUCUAUAAAUUAUCUCCGACAAGUGUGUCAAGACAGAUCACCAACUAAAAGUCCCGAGUCAGGCGCUUUAAUACUAGAUAUGAGUCAAGCUGAAUGGAUGUUCACCCAAGAUCUGAGUAAUAAUUUCCUAGAUAUGAUACAUACAGUGUACAAGGAGACAAGUAAACAUCUGCUUGAUGUACUCCAUGCUAAAUACAAGUUCAUGGACCAUCUUAAGGCCAUGAGAAGAUACCUGCUUCUUGGACAAGGUGACUUCAUACGCCAUUUAAUGGACCUUCUGGAAGAAGAUCUAGCUAAACCUGCCUCAAAUCUUUACCUGCACAAUCUAACUGGUAUACUAGAAACUGCUAUACGAGGAACUAAUGCUCAAUUUGAUGACUCCGAUAUACUGAAACGAUUAGAUGUACGAUUACUUGAGGUGUCACCAGGUGAUACUGGUUGGGACGUGUUCAGUCUGGACUACCAUGUGGACGGACCCAUCAGAACUGUGUUUACUCCAGACUGUAUGAUCAUGUAUUUGAGAGUUUUUAAUUUUCUGUGGAGAGCAAAACGUAUGGAGUAUGUUCUGUCAUUGAUAUGGAAAAAUCAAAUAUUCAACGCCAAAUUGUUACAAGUUAUUCCAGAGUUGUCAGAAAUAUUACAUCAGUGUCACAUGUUAGGCAGUGAGAUGGUCCAUUUUAUACAGCAGACUCAAUAUUACAUCAGCUUUGAGGUUCUGGAAUGUUCCUGGCACGAGUUACUCAGUAAAGUGCGUGAAGCAGAAGAUUUAGACUGUGUCAUUGCAGCACAUGAGACUUUCCUGGAUACAAUCAUUACAAGAUGUCUCCUAGAUGAACAGUCAAGGGGAAUGGGCCCUGUAAGUCUAUUUGAAAAAUUUACACAUUUUAUCACUUGUUUUAUUUGUUUAUGUGUUCCUCCACAGUUAGAUAUGGUACAACAAUUCUUGCUGAUGGUAACCAGCCACCAGGAUGUUAGUUUACGGUUCCUAAGUUUCCGUCUAGACUUUAAUGAACAUUAUAAAGGCCGGGAACCAAAGCUGCACAGUCCAUUGACUUACAGACCAGGGAAGAAAGUGACUUAGCUCUUUGAACAAAUUUCUGUUCUAUUUGAGACAUGUAUAUUUUGUUAAUCAAAUGACUGCUGAUGGUUUAAAUGUUUAAAUCUGCAGCCAGGGAAUUAGUAUGGUAGCUAAGUGUGAUUCAAAUGAUCAUAGAUGUGAAAUGAGAAACACCGUUUUUGUGUCGCCUCUACGGAGUAGUGGCGACAUAUAGGGAUCACUUCUCCGUCGUCUGUCUGUCCGUCUGUCUGUCUGUCUGUCCGUCCGUCUGUCCGUCCGUCCGUCCGUCACAAAACUUGUCCGGACUACUCCUCAUAAACUACUGGUGCAAUUUCAUCCAAACUUUACAGGAAUGAUCAGUACCAAGUCUAGUUGUGCAUAUUGUCAGGAUUUUCCGGUUCAAUGAUUUUUGUCAGAGUUAUGGUCCUUUAAUAAUUUUUAAUUUUAAAGUUUGUCCGGACUACUUCUCUUAUACCACUAAUGCAAUUUCAAUGAAACUUUACAGGAUUGAUCUGUAGCUCAAGUCCUUGUGCAUAUUGCACGGGUUUUCCGGUUGAAUGAUUUUUGGCCGAGUUAUGGCCCUUUGAUAAAAAGGUUUCUUUUUCUGUGUGUUGCCAGAUACACAAAAGCUUGUCCGGACUACUCCUCAUAAACUACUGGUGCAAUUUCAUCCAAACUUUACAGGAAUGAUCAGUACCAAGUCUAGUUGUGCAUAUUGUCAGCAUUUUCCGGUUCAAUGAUUUUUGUUUGAGUUAUGGCCCUUUAAAAAAUUUUAUUUUUAAAGUUUGUCCAGACUACUUCUCUUAUACCACUUAUGCAAUUUCAAUGAAACUUUACAGGAUUGAUCUGUAGCUCAAGUCCUUGCGCAUAUUGCACGGGUUUUCCGGUUGAAUGAUUUUUGGCCAAGUUAUGGCCCUUUGAUAAAAAGGUGUUUUUUUCUGUGUGUUGCCAGAUACGCAAAAGCUUGUCCGGACUACUCCUCAUAAACUACUGGUGCAAUUUUAUCCAAAUUUUACAGGAAUGAUCAGUACAAAGUGGUUAGUCUAGUUGUGCACUGUCCGUCUGUCUGUCUGUCUGUCUGUCACAAAAUUUGUCCCAACAUGAAAUUGGCCAUCAUGAGGCGACACAUGUGAUUACUGAUCGCUCUUGUAUUGUGUUGAAAGUUAAAAAGUGUCAAAGUUGGAAAUAUUGUGAGUCUUUUCAGCAGACAUAUAUUUCAACAAUCGGAAUAGAAUGUAACUAAAUGGUUUUGUCAUUAAUUGUAUCAAAGAGAUCAUCUCUGGCAGUGAGCUUUAUAUGUCAAACAAAAGUAUAUCAGUUAGUUUAGCCAUAUGUACAUAUUUAUUAAGAGUUUAGUUUAAGUAAAAAAUAAAAUGACAGAAAAUUGCAAGAUUCUCACUAUCACUUGAUAUUUUUAAGCCUAAAAUCACCUUUUGAUCUGUAAUUUCAAAGUGAUGUCACAAAUUAACUUUACUUACUGCUUGUGAUUGUGAAGUUAUAAAUUGAACAUAUGUGAUGUAAAGAAAUGCUUAAUGGUUAUAUUACAUGGAAGAACAAGUGAUGUCAUGAAUAGAAAUUACAUUUUAAGCGUUAUUUAUUCAGAUGUGUACAAGAUUUAUUGUGUUGUAAUAGGUGAACAAAUGUGGCAUGGUCAAAGAAGAAAAUGUGAUUCUCAUUUUGAUCAUAACACUAAAUGUUUUGGAUAACAUUCAAAACCAUGAUGGAAAAAAGUGCUUUUUACUUAUGUGAUUUAUUAUAGUUAUUUUAUGUCUCAAAUUUUCCUGUCAUAUUGAAGCAUGGGACCAAUGAAAUUAACAACAUUCCAGUUUUAUUGAACUGGAUAUAAUAUUUGUAUUAUGUAUGACAUUUGUUUUAGAGCUAUAUGCUUGUCAAGAUUGUAUAAUAACUUAUUUUUGUUAGGUAGUGAAUGCUGUUGUAUCGGCAAUUAUAAAUGAUAGAUAUUUUAAAACUGUUUAAAUUAUCAUACAUAGAAAUGCCACUAAUGAUCAAAGCCCCGUAACAUUUCCAUUUCUGUUGUGUAUAUUUUUUUCAAAAAUUAUGUGUUUACAUUUAUAGAUUAGCAAUUGAUUGAUUUAAUGUCAUUUUGAUUUAUAAAUCUAUCUAGUAAAAUAUUGAUAUAUUGACUACUGUUACAGUUCGCUCUUGCCAUGUUAACAUUAUUAUGAUUGGUUAAUGAUAAUAGAAAUAAUCCAGUUCUAUUGGCUGUACUGGCAUGCGAGCAGUUUCCGUACAGAAGCAGUACCCGUAUUUUUCAUUUAAACGCUUGAUUUUUACUUGCAUUCUUCAAAAAUUCAUUUCAAAUCAAGCAGAUACAUAAACGAGACAAAAUCUAAGUGUCAUUUCGGCAGUACGUAUAAAAAGUCUCAUUUUAAAUCACUUUCACCUGUGCGUCGUCAAAACGUGACCUUGUUUUCUCUGGGGGAUUCCGUCCUUGCGCGCAUGCGCGAAAAUACUUACACGUGAGGCUUGUUAAAGGGUUUACCACUAAUACCACCUGUUUACAAAUAGGUAGGCAAUGUGAUGAAAACUUGUUUAAUUAUCAGAAUUUUGACCAAUAUUACUAUAUAAAAUAAUUUUAUGGCUUUGAUGCGUAAAAUAUCAUGCAUACAAGCAUGCUAUUGCAUGAGAAUGUGUUGGGGUAACGGUACCGGGUAAUAGAUACCCGCGUUUAGUCUACGCUCUAUUUCCUGAAUUACAUCUAUUUAUCUCUUUAGAUAAUGGUCUGUUCAACAAUUGUAAAUGAAAAAUAGGUCCGAUAUAAUAAAAUUGUAUAAUUAUAAUGGUUAGAUUUUAUGUACGGGAACUACUUCUCUUCAUACAAAAUAAUGGAUUAAUUUCGGUACCCCAUAUAAGGCCUCAUAAGUAAGGGUUAUUCUAUGUUUAGAACAUGAUGGAAUUUCCAUGAUUUGUGUGACGAGCCGAAUAUUGAUGUGUAACAUUCAAAAUUUUUGGUGAAUGAGCGUAAUAAAAAAUAAUGUUUAAGUAACUAUGAUUUUUGUACGGGAACUGCUCGCAUGCCAGUAAUGACUUGCCUGUGUCACCAGUAUAGUCUAUAGAUCUAUUACAAGCCUGCCAUACAGUCUGACCAGGCUCUGUAUUGUCUGCUGCUGAAUUAUGUUGAUACUGAUACCCCUAAAACACACAAUGGACAGGUCUAAUCUCAAAGUCAGACUAGUCCAUUAUACUUAUUUGCUGGGUUAGAGUUAAAAAAUCUCACGUUUAAUAAUUGUAUUUCAAAUAAAUGUAUAUUGAAAUCUCGAGUCUUCAAAAACUCCCACUUUGUCAUUAAUUGUUUAUUUAUUUGUACAGAACAACUUUCCUUGUUUUGCGAUAAACUUUUGUUUUGUCUUGUUAAAUUUAAAUGUUACAUCCCCUUUAUGUUGUUGGUCAGAAGCAUUUUCAAGGUUUGUAUAAUAAUAAGUUUCAAUAAUUUUAGACACUGUCAUUCAGGUUAAAGGGUCAAUAUUGAUGUGUUUAUUACGGAUUACACAACGUAACUACUUUUAUUAUAUACCUGUCCAUAUUUUUCUACAUUUAAUACAUGUAACACAUGCACUAGUACAACCUAACAGAAAAAAAAGCUACAUUACACUAAAGUGCAAUCUGCAAUGCCACUGCUGGCAUUAUACCAUUAAUAUUAAUGGCUGAAUAUUUAGUUGAAUUGGACAAGGUAUAUUAUAAAAUUAUAGGAGUUUCUUGAUCAGUUACAUUGUACUUGUAUAUGGUCUUGUGGAUUUUACUAGUAAUGGAUUACUUUAGCAUUAUGGGAGGCUGUCCUAAUAAAAUCUGCCCGACAAAAACAAAUGAAGAUACAUCUGUAAAAACCCUGCUACAUCAAAUUAAACUUUAAAGCUGCAGACUUGUAUUUGUAGAAUAAGUAGAAAACAUUCAUUUACUGUUUAGGACUUGUUAUUCACUGUUAAGUAUUUAUUAAUUUUGAAAUUUUGUAUCUGUUUAGUAUUUUGUUAAUUCUAUUUCCAAGAGCACUGGUGUAUCAAACAAAUUACUACAAUAAGUCAGACGGGAAAAAGUUUUUCUCAACAAUUGAAAAAUGCAUUGAAGAAACUUUUUAUUAUGAUAAUUUUCACAUAAUUUGUUCUAUUAUCUUGUAACAUGAGUUUAAAAUGUCUACAUUUAAAUUAUUUUUCAGACUUCAUUAUACAAGGCAUAGAAGUCUCAGUGGUGGUCACUCUUAUAGAAUGAUUAUACAUGUAUUUUUUUUUUUUUUUUAAAUGUUUAUCUUCCUAGAUCUGAUAUAACACAUGUAUAAAAUCUAACUCGUUAUCACCUAACUUGUUAUCCCACCGUCCUGCCAGCAUUGAAUAAAUUUUAUUUAAGAGUGA